UGCAGAGUGUACUCAAUCGUCGGUUUCAGAAUUUGGUCGAUCGGUUCAACGUCUGGUGAAUUCUCACACCAGCGGGCUGGUGCAUCGACGGACGCAACGGCCACAAAGCAAUCGAUAGAAGUACUGGUAGCACCAAAUGGAGCAGCCCAAGUCCCCGACAGCACAUGACGGACCGCAUGGAAUUCUAGACAAGAUCCGGUCGACCAAACGCCGGUUCAUUCAGCAAGCCUUGACCAAGAUGGGGAAGGCCGAGAGCUCCGACGACCACGAAUACCAAGUGCUGCGCGAACGCCAGCUCGAGCUCGUAUCCAACGUCGAACAAGUCUUUGUCCACAUGAAGAGCUUUGUCACAAACUUGGUUUCUUUGGGAUACGCGUGCACGCUCUUGGGCGACGACAUGACGAUGAUUCGAACGGACAUCCCCACCCGAAAUGCCAACAACAGCCAAGCGUAUGGCGUCAAGGCGGCCAGUGGAAACGAUGAAUUCACCAAGUCCAUGGCCAAAAUCGACGCGGCGGCGAGGGAAUUGGCGGGAUCCAUGUUGUCGGCCAAUGUCGUGGUGGAUGUGCAGUGCAAACUGGACGCCCUGUAUCAGUUCAAGAAAGAGCUGGAUCACCGAGAAAACCUCAAGCUCGACUACGAUUCCGCUGUGCGAAAGCUCCGCAAAGCGCGCGAAUCGCGCGAAGCCGCCGACGUCCUUCGACGAGACGAAAAGCUCAAGUUAGCCCAAGCCAAGCUGACCCAAGCCACGGAAGUCAUGGUGGCCAAAAUGAACGAGUACGAGCUCGCGCGUCCGACGCUGUUGCAGAAGGAGCUGGUCGAGUUUCGGCACAUGCAGACCAAGUUCUUCCAGCUGUGCGUGAUGUCGUUCGCUGGACCAUCAACCGGAGCCAAGGUUGAUCAAAUCUUGGUGGCAGAAGCCGUGGACACCAAACAAUUUGCAGCGUGGAAUUAGCUAGUUUUGUUAACGGUAAACUAGUAAUAAAUGCAUUCAGAAGUGGACA